CGACUCAGCGGACGGACACCCAUAUGUUUACACGUGAGGUGUAUGCUGCUGCCACAGUUUCUAAUGUUGUUUGAGUCGCUCUGAAAGGAAGGUUGGCGUAUUGUGAUAUCAGUAAACCCGCUGGAUUGUUAUCAUUUCUAGUCAUAAAUAGUCACACCGGAUAAUUUACGGUAUGAGUAAAGGCAGAUCAGUGUCGAGCUGCUGUCAGCUUUAUCGUGAGUUGUCUUUGACUACAGAUGAUUUCUGAGAUCACAUUUGAUUCGUAGUGUGUUCUUUUGGUGAUAUCUCGAUCUCAGUGUAUAAUGGGGAAACUAAGAAAGAAGCACAACUGGAAAGGGAGACAGAAAAGCGAUCAAGAACAACCAACAGAUGAAGAGAAGACAGAGGUUGUGGUGGAACUGCAAGAUGGUUCCAGACUGAAAGGGGUAGAUGAGAGCAAUGCGUUGGUCCUCCCGGCCAGCAAAUCCAAGAAGAAGAAGAACCUCUCCCAAACUCCCGUUUCCACCAAAAAGCCCCUGACAAAGAGGCAGAGGAAAGAGCUGCAGAAGGUCCUGGAGCGCAAGGAGAAGAAAGCCCAGAGGGCGGACAUACUGACCAAACUGGCUGAGGUGCAGCUUCCAGAGUCGGAGCUGAAGCUGCUGUAUACAACGUCCAAACUGGGAACAGGAGACAAGCUUUACCAGAGUAAACAGUCAUCAAAUGAACUGAACGAUGAUCACUCGGGUCCAAGACUUAGCAGCCUAAGCGGUGCAAAUAGGAAACGGAAAUGGAAAGAAGAAGAAGAAGAAGAAGAUGAUGAAGAGCAAAAAGCUGAAGAAAGCAGCGAUCUGGACACGUCAUCUGAGGACGAAGAGGAGGACGAUGUGAAUGAAGCAGAGACGAACGGAUCUAAGGACACCAGCCCUCCCUCUCAGGAGGCCGAUACCAAACAGGAAGUGAAGCCGGAGCAGAAAGCGGCAGAGGAAGAUCAACAAAAAAAGAAGAAGAUCUCUGAUCAGGGGAAAGUCAAAAACACGAUGCCCUCAGAGCCGGCCGUCUUCAUUCCUGUUGACAGGUCUCCAGAUGUACAGGAGGCCCGUCUGAAGCUGCCAGUGCUGGCAGAGGAGCAGGGCAUCAUGGAGGCCGUGAGAGAAAACCCCUGUGUCGUCAUCUGUGGAGAGACGGGGAGCGGAAAGACCACCCAGGUGCCCCAGUUUCUGUAUGAAGCCGGCUAUGCCAGUGGCAGCGGAAUCAUUGGUAUAACGGAGCCCAGGAGAGUAGCCGCUGUCAGCAUGUCUCACAGAGUGGCCAAAGAGAUGAACCUGCCCAAACAGGUGGUGUCGUACCAGAUUCGAUAUGAAGGCAACGUGACGAGCGACACAAAGAUCAAGUUCAUGACAGAUGGUGUCCUGCUGAAAGAGAUUCAGAAGGACUUUCUGCUGCAGAGAUACAGCGUGAUCAUCAUAGAUGAAGCCCACGAGCGGAGCGUCUACACAGAUAUCCUCAUUGGACUGCUGUCCCGCAUCGUCCCUCUUAGAAACAAAAAAGGCAAACCCAUGAAGCUAAUCAUCAUGUCAGCUACUCUGCGGGUGGAGGACUUCACAGACAACCAAAAGCUCUUUCGAACGCCUCCACCCGUCAUCAGGGUGGACGCCCGCCAGUUCCCCGUCACCAUCCACUUCAACAAACGCACCCCGUUGGAGGAUUACACCGGAGAGACCUUCCAAAAGACCUGCAAAAUCCACCGGAUGCUGCCUCCAGGUGGUGGCAUCCUUGUGUUUUUGACUGGUCAGGCUGAGGUUCACGGUGUGUGCAGAAGACUGAGGAAAGCCUUCCCGUUCAGGAGGGGCAACGCAGCCCCCGGUGAAGACGAAGAAACGGACACUUCAGAAGCGAUGAGGAAAUUUAAAAAGGCCAAACAGAAGAAGAUAGUUUCUCUUCCCCGAAUCGACUUGGACAACUACUCUGCCCUGCCAGUGGAUGAGGGGGACGAGGACAGAGACGCGGGAAUCGGGGACGAGGAGGACGGAGGCUCGGACCUCGACCUCGGGGAUGAUCCUGCGGACACAGAGGAGAAGGCUGACCCCUCCAUCCCUCUUUACGUACUCCCACUUUACUCUCUGUUGGCCCCUGAGCAGCAAGCUAAGGUGUUCAGGCCUCCGCCACCCGGGACCCGGCUCUGUGUCGUAGCCACAAACGUGGCCGAGACAUCCCUGACCAUUCCGGGCAUCAAGUACGUGGUAGACUGCGGUCGGGUGAAGAAACGCUUCUACGACAGAGUGACGGGAGUGUCCUCCUUCAAAGUCACAUGGACCUCCCAGGCCUCAGCCAAUCAGAGGGCUGGCAGAGCGGGUCGAACGGAGCCAGGGCACUGCUACCGAUUGUACUCCUCUGCGGUUUUCGGAGACUUCGCUCAGUUUUCUGAGGCAGAGAUCACCCGCAGGCCUGUUGAGGAUCUGGUUUUACAGAUGAAGGACCUCAACAUAGAAAAGGUGGUAAAUUUUCCUUUCCCCACGUCUCCCUCCGCUGAGGCUCUGGUUGCUGCAGAGGAGUUACUGAUCUCAUUGGGAGCUCUGUCCGCGCCGCCCCGCACCGGAAGUGUAAAAGAGAUGCAGCGAGCGCGGCUGAGCUGCCCCGUCACCCCCCUGGGCAGAGCCAUGGCGUCCUUCCCCGUGGCGCCGCGCUACGCUAAGAUGCUGGCGCUCGGGAAGCAGCAGGACUGCCUCCCCUAUGUCAUUGCCAUGGUGGCAGCCAUGACUGUGCGGGAGAUUUUUGAGGAUCUUGACAGACCUGCAUGUAGUGAAGAGCAAAGCUCUAAGCUCGCCCAGCGCAGGGCUCGGGUGACUCAAAUGAGGAGGCUGUGGGCUGGGCAAGGAGCCUCCCUCCUGCUGGGAGACCUCAUGGUCAUGCUGGGUGCUGUCGGCGCUUGCGAGUUCGCCGGCUGCACUCCCAAGUUUUGCGAGCAGAAUGGACUGAGGUAUAAAGCCAUGGUGGAAAUCAGGAAGCUCAGAGGUCAACUUACCAAUGCAGUCAACGCAGUCUGUCCGGAGGUGGGAGCGUUUGUGGAUCCGAAGAUGGCGCCUCCGACGGAACACCAGGUGGUGUGUUUGCAGCAGAUCGUCCUGGCCGGGCUCGGAGACCACCUCGCAAGGCGCGUCCAGGCCGAAGACAUGCUGGAUCCAAAAUGGAGGAACGGAUACAAGACUCCGCUCAUGGACGACCCGGUGUUCAUCCAUCCGCAGUCUGCGCUGUUUAAGGCCCUGCCAGAGUUUGUCAUCUACCAGGAGAUCAUGGAGACCUCCAAGAUGUACAUGAGAGGUGUUUCGGCAGUAGAAGCAGAGUGGGUCCCAAAGCUUUUGCCUCAGUACUGUCACUUUGGGCCCCCUCAGGAGUCACCAUCACCAUGGUUCUGCUCCUCCACCGGCACCAUCAGAUGUCUGCAGUCAAGCACCUUCUUCCGUGUGGGCUGGCAGCUGCCUGCAGUGGAGAUGGAGCACCCCGACGGUCUGGAGCGUUACAAGCUGUUUGCCAGAUUUCUUCUUGAGGGACAGGUUUGUCCUAAACUAAAGAAAUACAGCAGCCAUCUUCUCUCAAACCCAUCCAUCAUCCUGAAAACAUGGGCCAAGCUGCAGCCCAGGACUGAGGCUUUUCUGGGACCACUGGUAUCAAAAAGGGUUGACUGUAGGGAGGCCCUCCUCUCUGUCUGGAAGACUGAAGAUAAAUUUUUGUUCUCUGCGUACUGCCAGUGGUUACCUGAGGCCAUACACCAGGAAGUCGGCAAAAUCUGGCCUCCCAUAGAACGACCGGAAUCAGAAAAACAGAACUAACACCGACUUUGAAUUUCAUAUCACCCCAGCCUGCCUCGCUCUGGAAAAGGCUUCUUCAGAUUCUGCUGUUUUUAAACAACACCACAACAAGAAAAAACUUCUUAAUUUUUAGAUUUUAUAAACUGUAUUGAUGACUUGCAUUUACAGGCUGACAAUAUUUCAACUAGUGUAUCCAUGUAUGGCUUUCAAUAUUGUUUUGUUGUCUGUUUCUCUGAUUUGGUCUUCAUAAGACUAAUAAAUAUUCAUGCUCUCACAAGUUCAUACAGAAAUUAAAAGGCAGCUAAAAUCAUUUUAAAUGUCAGCUAUUUGGUGUCAGCAGUUCGUCAGCUUUGAAUAAUCACAUUUUUAAACAGUCUGUGGGGCGAAACCAAAAUCUGAUAAUUGAUUAACUCAGUGUUGACAUAAAAACUAAAAGGGUGCGAUUCAAAAUGAAUGUUUAUAUAAUAUUGA